UUUCGUCGUCGUCGUCGUCCGUCGCACUCGCAGAUCAUCGUUUUGCAUCACACGCGAACAAACGAAACUUGGGUGAUUUCGAUUCGCUUCAAUUUUUGUCGAUUUUUGCGAACCAAACUCAAAACAAUGGCUCUCCACUUUGUGCUGCGGUCGUCCUGCAGGAACUCCGCUCCCGUGUUCGUGUCGCUGCUGAACGCCGGCAAGGCGCCAGCCGUCGCCCGCUCGCUGAACUCCGCCUCCAAGUCGCUGCUGCUGCCAAAACCGGCCCCAUCGCUGGCCCUGGCCAGCCUUCGGCAGUUCACCGCCAGUCCGGUUCGUCGGGCUGCCGCCACCGGAAACCAUGUCACACUGUGGAAUGCGGAACGGGCGCUGUCCGUGGCACUGCUCGGAAUCCUCCCGGUGGGCUUGAUGUUCCCCUCGCAAGCCGGUGACGCUCUGAUGGCCGUCAGCAUCGUCAUGCAUCAGUAUUGGGGCCUGGAAGCCAUCGUCACCGAUUACGUGCGCCCGAUCCUGUUCGGAGCGGCCGUCCCGAAGAUCUGCCACGGUCUGCUGCUGGUCAUUUCCGCUGCCACCCUCGGAGGACUGUUCUACUUCAUCCACAAUGACAUCGGUAUCGCCAACACUAUCAGGAAGAUCUGGUCCACGAAGCCAAAGGCGUAAAUUUGUGACUGUAGCAGCAGCAGUAUCGGAAACAUCUAAGAUAGUGAGGGAGAGAGCGCGCGUAUUGACCCCGUCGCCCUUGUCGUCGUCACUAACUUCAGGGACAUUUCGGAAAGCGAUUGAGAUCAACAGCACAGUCGGACGCGGUCCGUGCGCGUGAGUCACAUUUGCAUAACAAAGUUAAUUAUUAUUUAAAUUAUUCUCGGAAGUUUAAAAGUCUUAUAAAAUGCUUAUUCAAGAUGAAAACAACUAUAA